CACACGGCAGGUUUCGGGUCUCGGCUUGGCUGCGCCUGCUGGGAGGCUCCGGCUCGUUUCUCCUGCGCUGGGGGCAUGGAGACGCGGCGCUCCCUCUUCGGCCGCCUGCUGGGCCCGCUCUGCUGUGGCCUCCUCCUUUUCAUCCUUAUGUUACUGGACGGCUCAGCUUCUUCCGAGAUGUAUGCUGUUGACGUAGAACUGAAGGAUGCUUCCAACAUCACAUGUCUCUAUGCAAAAUGGAUGAUGAACUUCUCGAUAACAUAUGAAUCCAAUAUUAGUGAAUAUAAAAACAAAGCUUUUAUGCUCCCAGAAAAUGUGAGGUAUGAUGGAAGCUCUUGUAAUGGAACCAAUGGCCCUCUGCUGGCAAUAGAGUUUGGAGAAGGUCACUUCUGGAGUAUCAACUUUGCAAAAACAGAUGAUACUUACCAAGGAAACAUCACCUUUAUCUACAAUACCAAUGAUGCAGAAUUAUUUCCAGAUGCUAAAAGGAAAGGACUGAUUACUGCCUCUGCAAAAUAUCCUUUGCAUCCGAUUCAGUUACAUACAGUAUUUAGCUGUCAUCAUGUAGAUUCUGUCAAAGCUGGCAAUGUCACAAAUGAUUUCUGGAACAUCACUCUGCAAGCUUUCCUUCAGAAUGGCUCCUUAAGUACAGCAUAUACUUACUGUGAUAAAGAUAUUGUAGCUACCACUGCUGAAAAUGCUGUGAGUGUGCCGACUGCAACCACCACUGAGCCUACUACAGCUGCAACUGUAACUACUACAACUGUACCUACUACUACUACUACUACAACUAUACCUACCACCUCUUCAACUGUCUGUACCACCACUACUACAACUGCAGCUGCCUCUGUUAAAACAACUUUGUCACCUACUCCUCCGCCCACUGCCAAAACAGAGGAGAAGCCUAUGACAGGAAACUACUCAGUCAACGUUGGUACCACAGUCUGUCUUCUGGCAAGCAUGGGCCUGCAGCUGAACGUCUCUAAAGAACAGGUUCCCUUGAUUAUUAAUAUUCAGCCAAACACUACUGUUGUAACUGGUAACUGUGGUAAAAGAUCUGCUGACCUCAGACUGAAUGAUCGCAACAGCACAAUUAUUGAUUUCUUCUUUGCAGUUAAAAACACAAGCUCUGAAAAGUUCUACCUAAAAGGUGUGAAUGUCACUGUCAUUCGUCCUGCUAAUGGCUCUCUUUAUGCUGCAAACAACAGUCUCAGUUACUGGGAUGCCUCCUUGGGCAGUUCAUACAUGUGCAAAAAAGAAGAGACUCUUGUCGUGACAAAGGGGUAUCGAAUAAAGACCUUUGACCUAAGGGUUCAACCAUUUGAUGUGAAAGAAAACAAGUACUCUACAGCUGAAGACUGCAGCCCAGAGGUGGACCACUUCUUCGUGCCUAUUAUUCUGGGAGCAGCACUGGCGGGACUAGUGUGUUUGAUUUUCUUGGCUUUUUUUAUUGGCCGCCAAAAACAUCACAGUGCUGGCUACGAGCAGCUUUAAAAACAGGAUGCUGUUUGGGCUGAACACUUCAUUCAUCGACCCACUGAGAAGUAUUUUGCACCUGCAGAGUUUUUAAAAAGAUACAUGUGGAUUUGUAGAGAAAACAAGUGUUGUGUAUUGAGUUGUCUCAUUAGAAUAGGUUUGAAACCAUUCUGUUUUGGAGUGCAGAAGGCUGAUCAUAAGCCAAAUUUUCCUCGAAAAUGUUAACUGAUGUGCUGAACUAUCAAAGUGAAAAGGGCUGCCUGAGGUGUCCCUGUUCUUUGAAUCCUGAUACAGAAGUCCUGCUGGCUCCUUGCACAUUUGAAAGCUAGCUUUGUGGAUGCUUGCUUACCUCCACUCCAAGAAAGUAGUUCCACCCCCUUUGCCCUCCCUGUAUUAAACGUGCUUUUCAUUUACAUAGGCCCUAACGCAAACCAGGGUUUUGAGUGAGUUACGUUCUGACAUCCUGGGUGAACGGACUCAUUUCAGCUCCCUGAGCUGUGGGGAACAUCUUUUGUUCCAGCUGUGGUUUACAUAGGCACAUGCGUUGGGGAGGAAAGGGAGAAUUGCUCCAGAGUGAAGAAAGGAACGCAUGUUCUGUCCCAGUUUGCUAGCCAUGACCUGUCAAGAGAGACGAUUGCGUCUGCACCAGCCUAAAACCCAAAUAUACAAACAGAUCUUCAUCCUGUAUAAAUCUAAUAUGUGGAACUGUGGACUAGUUUGGGGAGCUCUUUGAAUGCUGUGUGCGAAGAGCUUGUUCUGACAAUUGGGAAAUGGGAAAGAUGCUCAGCUGAUACUUCUCUUCCACAGGAAAUGAGGUACGCACUCAAAAUGUAUGAUUUUAAGCAAUUCAUGGGACAAGCAUGUAUAGGCGUGCGUACCAUUUCAACAGGUGGAGGCUGGGGGCAUGUCCCAUGUCUUCUUUCCCACUGCACCCCCACCCCUCCGUAUAUGAAAGUCUUCUCUCAGUUUUCCAAAUGUAAAGCUAAACCCAAAGAGCCCUGUACCAAUGUGAACAUCUGAAGUGGGUCCUGGAUCCUGUGGGAUGUUGUAACUGUUUCCGUUAUAUAAACAGAGUGCUAUAGCUUUAUUCUAAUAUUUGUGAACAAUAGCCUUUGUUAUGCCUUAUUACAAAUCGUCUCUAAUUAUGUGCACGUAUAUUGUCAUUCCCUAUGUAAUUUAUUUGGUAUUUUGACUUGAUUCUACACCUGUGUGUACCACUUACUGCUUGCCUUGAGAGUCUUUGGGGAAUACAGAAAGGCAGAAGUUCUAAAUACAAAUUAAUAGUAGUGGCAAUUAAUCCUUUGGGAUAACUGUUACCAAAGCAGCCUUCAGUUCUGUAAUGGAAAUGUGCCUUUGUGUUGUCACUAGAAGCAGUGUUACCUUGCAAUACAUUUUCCUUAACAUAAUCAGUAAACAUUGCCUUCUACUAUGAAUGCUUGUAACCAAAAUGUUUCUGAAGAAACUGUAGUAUUCUGGAUACAGUAUGCCUUUAGGAGUGUGCGUCCCCUCUCAGCCAUUCUCCAAAAGCUGACAGUGUAGUGAUACACUUCCUCUCUUAUAUGCCCAGCUUGUGAGCCAGGUGAAGCCUCUGGAGUGUGAUGUUUCAUGGGCUUUUUCCCACUUGCCUCUUUGAGAACCUUCCCUGGGCCUGUUUCCUAAGAACUCCAACCCUUUGCUACUUUGAAUUGAUGGCAUUGCUCAUUUCGAAGGAGAGUGUCUCUGUCUCUUUGGCAGACUGAUGAGAAGGUCAAAGCUUGUCUGGGCGCUAGCCUCUUUUGACCUGGAGCAGACUGCCAGCAGGUCAGAGAGAAACCUGGCAGUUUGCAGAGUGGCGUCGCUUAUGUUGUCAUUGUUUCUCCUAUCUUGUCUGCAGAGAUAUCAGUGAAUUGUUCGUGGAGAAUCAAGCACUGGUAUCCAAUUUUGGGCCGGUUUCUCCAGCUAAUGUUGGAGUUCUGUAAAUUGGUUUGCAUUGUUUUGACAUGUUGCAAAAUUAAAUUCUUCUUUGUGCAAA